AUGAGGCUUCUGCCGACACCCACGGUAGUUCUAGCCUCUGUGCUUCGUUCAGAGCAAUCCGUUAAAAUAUACGGCCCUAAUACAGACGUCCUACUCCGCCCCGACUCGCAGAUCUUCGUCGUCCAAACCGCACUCGGCUUCCUCAUCACGUAUUCGCUCGCAACAGAUCAUUCAUCCCGCAUAUACCAGGCCCAAUUCACCAACACACACGGAGGUCACGCGAGGAAAAGCAGUGCAAUCACAGGCUUCAAGAUCCAGCGCCAGCAUGAUGUCAAUGCAGGACCUGGAGAGGGCAAUGGCCUGAAAGAGCUCAGUCUGCGGUUCCGGAUGGUGAUACGGGUGGAUGCUGGGAUAAUUCGGGCUCUGGCUCUCGAUGAUGAGUUGGUUGUUGCCACGGAGAAGCCGGCAGCCGUGCAAUGUAUUCGUUGGGCGCCGGACAGCACUGGAAGCCAGACCAGCACCGAGCUUCUGACCAAGAUGACAUGGUUAGGGAGCAACGCAUCAAUGCGAGAAAUGGUCCAUGAUCGACCCAUGAACCUGUCGUGUUGGAUCACAGGUAACGGUCGAGCCUAUGCUGUUCAAAAGGCGGCUAAACGAGAUGCCGCUGUCUCUAGUAUCUUCCGUGGCUACGGUUUCCACACACCCAAGACUGAUGCCGAUUAUGGUGUCAAAGCUGCUAUCAAUGCGAGAUUCUCUUUGCUUGCUGUUGGCUGCACCAAUGGCGAGAUCCAUGUAUACACGGCACGCGACUAUACCGGCAACAUUCCUCUAUCGCACAAACUACGACCGAACGUCACUUCGCCCGGCAAGUUGACUGUAUUGACAUACUCGCCAGACGGGUACUGUCUGUUCGCUGGCUAUGAACACGGCUGGGCCAUGUGGAGUGUAUACGGAAAGCCUGGGGCCACCAGCUUCACUGCAGAAAGGACGCUUUCCAAGACUAACAACGAAGGGUGGCUUCUCAGUGUCAAAGAGGCUUUCUGGAUUGGAGGUGGCGCGGAGCUCUUGAUGUUGGGCGAUAACGAUAAUCGUCUCUUUGUUUUGGAGAUGGCUCGCAGUGCAGUCACUGGCUGCUUCUCUUCAGCAAAUGUGUCACGAUCUUUGAUGCAGACCAGUACCGGAUUCAUGAUUUACCGCGGUUACGAUCUGCCAGAUCUAACGACAAUCUCCGCCGACGUCUCACUCUGGCACCAUGUUCAAAUUCCAUCGGCUUACCUUGUCGACCAAUGGCCGAUUAGAAGUGCAGUCAUUUCGAAUGACGGUCGAUAUGUGGCAAUAGCAGGCAAGAGAGGGCUCGCCCACUACUCCGUUAACAGCGGACGGUGGAAAAUGUUCGAUGAUCCUUUUAUAGAAAACGAGUUCACUGUCCGAGGAGGUAUGUGCUGGUUCCAGCAUGUUUUGAUUGCGGCUGUCGAAUGCCGCGAGUCUCACGAAGUCCGGGUAUAUUCGCGCGAGGCAGCUCUUGACAACAGCCAUGUCAUGCAUUCGCAGAAGCUACCUGCGCCCAUUGUACUAAUAGCACCCUCCGGCGAAGACUCACUCCUGGUCUACACGUACGAGAACAUCUUAUACCACUACGUAAUCAGUGUGUCCGACGCAAGUGUAAAAUUGGUGCAAGUGGGUCAAAUCGCCCUGCAUGGCAUCAUUCGGGCUCCUACACGAGUGCGAGCGCUUAGCUGGAUAUUACCGGAAGAUCAAAUACAUAACGGUGAUCCAACACAGGACGUGGCGGUCGCAACUAUCCUGUUCCUCGUAGAUGGUAAACUUGUGCUCCUGCAGCCAACGACUACCGAGAGUGGCGAACUCAAAUACGAGAUGCGCAUCAUCGCGCAGAACGUGGAGACGUACGCUCUUAUGCGCGAUCACCCUGCGUUCGCAUUGGACCGACAUGCCGAUUCGUUGCCGGCGAGCCCCUCUAUGGAACUGACCAUGGAGGGUGUACACGGCCACGAUUUACGUGACUCGUUGUGGUUCUUCGAUGGGAACGACAUGCGAGUUUGGAUAGACAUGCAAGACGUCCUUGCUUCCGCGUCACCAGAGAUCGGCAGGGAACUACCCACGCCUGUUCAAAUCCCCGUCGACUUCUAUCCUCUUUCGGCACUGAUUAACAAAGCAAUCAUAUUCGGUGUGGAGUCAGAGUUGAUUCAACGCAGGGAUACGAGCUUCGCGUUCUUGCGUUUCGGAACCAGGCAUUUGCUAUAUUUCCCCCAUGCUUUGGAGAUCUUACUGCAUGAAGUCUUGGACGAAGAAGUGGAUACGCAGCCACCACCCGAACAGGCGCUAUUACCGAGCGUGCUAUCAUUCCUGAGCUCCUUUCCCCGAUAUCUCGACAUUGUUGUGCAAUGUACCCGCAAAACUGAGGUCCGUUCAUGGCGGACAUUAUUCUCGAAUCUGCCUCCACCGGAAGAACUAUUCGAAGAAUCGCUACAGAAAGGGAACCUGAAGACUGCAGGUGGUUAUCUCCUAGUUCUUCACACUUUCGAAGAACUGCGACCAACAGGCGAUCAAGUCGUGCGCUUACUUCAACGCGCCAAAGACGAACAGGAUUGGGAGCUAUGCAAAGAACUCGCGCGCUUUCUCAUGGCUCUUGAUGAAUCUGGCGCAACACUCCGAAGUACGUUGGAGCUUGUUGAGCUGAAGACACCAUCAGCGGAACCAGUCCAUGGCCAGUCGCACUUUACGUUCGAAACCGCACGGCUAAAUGUACCGCUGCGGGGACGAAACAAUGGGCUCAGGGCAUUGAACGGCACAGGCAGUGAUUUUGGGGCCGAUGGUACUGGUAUGAUGGCGCGAGAGAGUGGUGACAUUAGCCCCGGUGGGAGCGACGUAAGUGCUGGUAGCGAUACACGUCCGUCACAAGCACCCGGUGAUUAUUUCGGCCUCGGGCUGAACAACAUGCGUCAGUAG